AUGGAGAAUGAAGCUAAACUUAAUUCUACAGAUUUUCGCGUAGCUUCAUUUUCUUGUUAUCUUAAACCUCGCGAAAACAAGCAAAGCCGCAAGAGGUUUUCUCAUAUUUUGCGGCGUGCGAGUCUUUGCAUGACCACGAAAGCGGUUGACAAGUUUGCAUUCCCGGAUUUGACCGCUAAACAGAAGCAGUUUGACGAGAAAUCAAGAAAAAAAUCUUUUGAACCGUGUCAUUCUGAAACCAUCAACAAAGGAGACAUUAUGAAAAAUCUUGAAAGGAAAAUGUCGGUUUUGACAUGGGAUGCCAUUCCAAAGGCUAACGAUGAGCUCAUGUCAAUCGCGUAUGAUGAUGUGGCGAGUGACGCCAGCUCAGAUUUGUUUGAGAUAGAGAUUUUCUCUAGAAGCGGAUCAUUUGCAGAGUUUUCAUCCGCUUAUAAUUCGGAUUACGACGAAAAGACACAAGCCAAAACCAAAACCAAAACCGCGACACGAAAAAAACCUCAAAAAACAACUUAUGCUUGUUUGUUGGGAUGCAAAAGUCAACAAUCAGUCAAAGUGGCUGAACCUGUAUACAAGCCUACCAAAAACUUAAAACAUUAG